AGGGAGGCGCCUUUGCCGCCCUCAGUGACUCACCUCCUAGCAGAACGGAACUACAAGUCCCAGGGUCCCUUGCGACCGCCAUAGUCAAGUUGCCGGUGGAAUUGGCCCAGGAUGACAGCUGAAGAAUGGAGUCAGUUUUGUCCAAGUAUGAAAACCAGAUUACCAUUUUCACUGACUAUCUAGAAGAAUUUCCAGAUACAGAUGAGCUGGUAUGGAUCUUGGGCAAGCAGCAUCUCCUUAAAACGGAAAAAUCUAAGCUGUUGUCUGAUAUAAGUGCACGUCUAUGGUUUACAUACAGAAGGAAAUUUUCACCAAUUGGGGGAACUGGCCCUUCAUCAGAUGCUGGCUGGGGUUGUAUGCUACGUUGUGGACAAAUGAUGCUGGCUCAAGCCCUUAUCUGUAGACACUUGGGAAGGGACUGGAACUGGGAGAAACAAAAAGAACAACCCAAGGAAUAUCAACGAAUCCUACAGUGCUUUUUAGACAGAAAAGACUGUUGCUACUCUAUUCAUCAAAUGGCACAAAUGGGUGUAGGAGAAGGGAAAUCUAUUGGCGAAUGGUUUGGACCAAAUACAGUUGCACAGGUGUUAAAAAAACUCGCUUUAUUUGAUGAAUGGAAUUCCUUGGCUGUUUAUGUUUCAAUGGAUAAUACAGUGGUCAUUGAAGAUAUCAAAAAAAUGUGCUGUGUCCUUCCCUUGAGUGCUGGCACCCCUGGUGAAAGGUCCCCUGAGUCUCUGGCUGCUUCGAACCAGAGUAAGGGCACAUCUGCCUGCUGCCCAGCCUGGAAACCCCUGCUACUCAUUGUGCCCCUCCGGCUGGGCAUAAACCAAAUCAAUCCUGUCUAUGUUGACGCAUUCAAAGAGUGUUUUAAGAUGCCACAGUCUUUAGGGGCAUUAGGAGGAAAACCAAAUAACGCCUAUUAUUUCAUAGGAUUCUUAGGUAAUGAGCUCAUCUUCUUGGACCCUCACACAACCCAAACCUUUGUUGAUACUGAGGAGAAUGGAACAGUUGAUGACCAGACUUUUCAUUGCCUGCAGUCCCCCCAGCGAAUGAAUAUUUUGAACCUGGAUCCUUCUGUGGCAUUGGGAUUUUUCUGCAAAGAAGAAAAAGACUUUGAUAACUGGUGUAGCCUUGUUCAGAAGGAAAUCCUAAAGGAGAAUUUAAGGAUGUUUGAAUUAGUUCAGAAACAUCCAUCACACUGGCCUCCCUUUGUACCUCCAGCCAAACCAGAAGUGACAACCACUGGGGCAGAAUUCAUUGACUCUACUGAACAACUGGAGGAGUUUGACCUGGAGGAAGAUUUUGAGAUUCUGAGCGUGUAGAGUAGUGGAAACUCAACUUGGAGGUCUGUCUUCCAUCUGGCACCAUAGUAACAUGAACUUAUUACAUAAAACUUUUCUUGUCAGCAAGUGCCUGAUAUGCCAACAGCAUACAAACUCCAUAGCAAUCAUGACUGAGCCAACUGCCAAGUCUCAGACAAAAGGCAAAACAAACAAAUGACAACAAGCCUUCCCCAGAAAGAAAGAGCAGUCAUGGCGCCCAGGAACAGGGAGGAUGAGGAGGAGUCCGUUGCUUCCCAGCUGGUGUUCCAUGGCUAGAGUGAGUGUGCAGCGGCAGCAAUGAGGAGAUGAACAUCUGGGAGGUGGACAGCAGCUCUCAGCUUCCUUCCAGAUGCCAGCUGGUUACUCUGUGCUUCUUCACCCUUUCAGGUGUAACCUCUUUGGAGCUAAAUACUAAGAAGCAAUCUGUUCUUCUGGUCAAAUAAUAAAGCAAGUAAAUCAGGGAUUGAAAA